AUGCGCGCCAACCUUUCAGACGCGUUUUUGUAUGUAUAUAGUUGCGAUUUGCAGAACAAUCUACAGGUUUGCCUCAUCAUCGUUUCAUUCAAGAUCCGUUUUUAGAUAAAAAUAAGCGAGUUAGAAGGCACUUUUCGGGAUUUGGAGAAUCCUAUUCGUAAGAUUUCGCAGGUGUUCGCUGAAGUCACGGUUAGCCGUUUCAAUAAGUUUCAAAUAAGGCGAAAGUUUUGCAGGUUUACUGUAAUGAUAGGCCGAUUGGAUAUCCGGUGAGCACUUCUUUUCGACCAGUUCCCGAGCCAGGAGCUCGAACCAAACUUCUUCAGGCUUGGGGCGAAUGGCUCACGUUGCCUGUGAGGUUUGUCUGCAGUUUGAUUCUCGCCUAGAGUCAUCUGCAGGUACUGCGACCUGAGCAGAAACGCCUUUUUGCACCUGUGCGUCUGGGAAAUGGACAUGGAAGCGACUCCGGAGUCCCCCCAAGCGCCAUCUUCUCACAUUGGCGCCGUCUCGUUUCCAAAGUUUCCAUCGCACCCUAGUUUUCGUGAUUAUUGAAGUCUUCAGACGUCUUGUCGCCCAGUCCAAUCUCUCUCUGUUCAGUAAAAGAGGAGCUCUUCGAUCUGGAACCAUCGACAUUCAGGUCUUACCGAGUGUUCUUCAGCAACCAACGUUAUUUAGGUCAACAUUUCGUCGGUUCCGGACCCAUUUUUCUGUUGUGAGCCCACUUGGAAGUUCUCUGAACCUCUUGAAGAAAACUUCGAUGUUCUUUUCAAACAGGUCAUUUUGCUGACCAUUUCUUCUGAUCUCUCGUAUUCAGGUGAAACGACAGUCGCGCGGACUCGUCGAAGACGUUCCUUGGCUAGAUCCCUUCACCUCCAAACGCAUCGAAACCAUCAGAGCAAUGGUUUUCCUUUGUUCUCUGGUUCUUGCAACAGUUUUUCGUUUAGAAGAAAUAUCCACAGUCGAGUAGAAAUCUAUUUCUUGUGAUUGAAAUGCCCUCCAUUCGGUUGGGAACCCAUAUCUACGAAGUUGUGUACUAUGAGGACGACUUGAAAAUUGUAUGCUUUCCCAAGACGUGAAGCCAAAGAACAAUUAUUACCUUUUCAGCUCCGAAUCAGCUCCUCGACUGCGGCAGGAGUCGUCAACGGGAGCCGGAUGUACGCUGCGGAUCCGGAACUGGGCCUGGAGUCUCUGGCCGAAGUGAAGCAUUCGGCGAUAAUGCGAAUGGUUCCGAAGGGCCGCGAUGGGCUUGGCGAUAAACACCUCAAACCCAACAAGCAGGCCAAAGACCGUCUCGAAACGAUUAUCAAGGUUCUCUAGGUUUCCUUUUCAAUCUCCAACUGAACUCAUAGAUGCCGUCCUCUCAAGUGCUGACGUCAGAACAGCGAGACCUUGUUUGGAAGUUUAGAUACUAUCUGAAAGAUGAUCCACGAGCUCUCAAUAAGUAUCUGAGGUACUCGAGGGAAUACGCGAGAAAAAGUGUCAAUUGCGAAAUUCCAGAUCUGUGCGAUGGUACCGUCCUGCCGAAGAACAAGCAGCUCUGACUUUAAUGAAGUUUUUUGGCUCAUUUUUUCCUUUUCACACUUUUUGUUCAGCGACUGGGCGCCUAUCCAGGCAGAAGAUGCUUUGGAACUUCUCUCUCCGGCGUUUACGCAAGUGAAAGUCAGGUAAAUUCCGCUUAUCGUUGAUGGAAACUUGAACUGUCUUGGGGUGUGCCGUAGCGCAGCAGGUUGUGUGCCUUUCUACGGUCCACAGGAUCACAAGUUCGAUCCUUACCUCGACUUAACCAAGUUUUUUAAAGAAAUUUUGGUAGUGGGCGACUUCAAAAGAAAAGCGUAGGAAGAAGAGGAAGAAAAAUGCCGUGUUCAAUUUGAUCCCGCGAAACGCAAAAUGAUCUCUGACUCUCCAAAAUUUAGUGAUCUUUUCCUUUCUCUAACGGAUAUUUUGCAUUUCGCGUAAUCAAAUUGAACACGGCAGAAGGAAACUUGAACAGUCUUCAGUUUAAAGAUUUAAUUCUGAUUGGCUUAUCGUUCAAGAUUCUCAGACCUUAAUUUAGAGCUUACGCAGUUUCCCGUCUCCUGGAUGGCGCUUCACCCGACCAGGUCCUACUUUACCUUCCUCAGCUAGUUCAAGCACUGAAAUACGAGCCAACGUCGGUGAGCGACACCUCUUUCGUCAACCAGGUUCCUAGGCUUCAGGCGGACUCGAUUGAAAACUUCUUGUUUCAGAACAGCGAUGCGAACGUCUCCAACGGCGAGAAAGACUUCGACGCUUUGACAUCGGAGUCCUCACGGGCGAACAGCGAACUGGCCAGAUUUCUCAUCGAGUGAGGAUUUUGAGUUGAUCGUUUCGUAAAGAUCUCCUCUUUCAGUUACGCUAUAUCCUCUCCGAGAGUUUCAAACUUUCUAUUCUGGUACCUAAAAGUCGAAAUAGAAGCUACGAAGAAGACGGACGAGGUCCUUUCAAGAGUGAGUGUUUUUUGCUCGAAAUCGAAGGUUUUUCUUAUUUUCAGAUGUAUUCGUGUCUGUUGGAUAGACUGUUCGAAGAGCUUGUCAAACGUCCAGAAACUCGGUCACAAGGCGAAAACCUGAAAAUACAAAUGGUUCGAGCAAGCUAUUUUCCAAUAUACGGGGAAGUUCUAGGAAUUCGUGGAAGAUCUGAAGAUGUUGGUGGCCAAAGCGAAGGAAAGCCGGGGAAUGGACGCUCGUGAAUCUUCUCUGCGCACACUUCUCACCAACGCCAAACACAUGACCGACCUCAAAGGCAUUACCUUGCCUCUGGAUCCGACAGUUCGGUUUCGUAAUCCCUCUUUCUUGCAACCAACAUCCUUCUCUUUGAAGACUCGGAGGCGUUUUGCCCAACACGGCCACGAUGUUCAACUCCAACCUAGCGCCGGUGAAGCUCUCGUUCCGUGUCAUGACACCACCCGGCGAGCGGAAAGAUACAUCUAAAGUAAGCUGCUUUUUUCUUUGAAUUGAAUGCUUUCUGAGACUAGAUUAUUUUGUCGAUUUUCAAGCCUAUAUUCUGAAACAGUGCAAAAAACUGCAGAUGAACCUCUUCUUACGCAUGAACAGAGCCCUAGCCCGAGAAACUUCCAAAUCAAAAAAUUGCAGAACUUUUCGGAGAACGAAUACACGUUGUUAUUCAAACAAGGAGAUGACUUGAGGUUUUUCUUAAACUUCUAUGAAUUCCUGAAAGGACAGUUAAUUUUUAGACAAGAUCAGCUAGUGAUACAGAUGAUCAGGCUCAUGGAUACCCUGUUCAAAAAAGACCAACUCGACUUGAAGCUGACUCCUUACGCGGUGAGAUUGUGAAGAGAAAAUCACCCAUCAUAAGGUCUCAGGUCCUCUCGACGGGUGUUGAUGAAGGGUUCGUGCAGUUCGUCAAAGCUUUGCCCUUGAGGGUUAUUGUUAGCAAGUUCAGUGCUCACCGCUCUGACAGCAUCAAGGUUUUUUUGUUCCUUCCGAAACUCAUCAUGGGAUAAUUUUCCAGGAAGCGAUGAAGGAGCGAAGACCUGCUCCCAAUGGUCCCUUUGGUAUUGAAGCGAACGUCGUCGAUAACUAUGUGCGCUCAUUGGCUGGGUAACCCCUUUUCCGUAACACAAACUGAUUUCGUUUGAAGGUAUUCGGUGAUCAGCUAUGUGCUCGGAAUCGGUGACCGACAUCUCGAUAAUCUUUUGCUCUGUGAAGAUGGUAGGCAAAGAAAAUCCGCUCUUAUCUAAAAACUUUCCAGGAAAAAUAUUCCACGUUGAUUUUGGAUUCAUCCUGGGUCGCGACCCGAAACCUAUGCCUCCGCCGAUGAAGCUGACUAGCGAAAUGGUUCAGGCCAUGGGCGGUGUGAAAAGGUUCCCGGAAAUUCAAAAGUACUCAGAGUUUAACGCUUUCAACUUUACAGUAAACAGUUCCUCAAGUUCUGCCAGUAUUGCGACUCGGCUUAUCGAAUUUUGCGACGUCAUGCGAACGUGCUGCUCAAUUUGUUCUCGCUGAUGCUGGACGCCGGAAUCCCCGACAUCACGUCCGAGAGCGACAAAGCCGUCUUCAAGGUCGAGCAACGUCUUCGGCUCGAACUCAGCGACGAAGCCGCUUCCAAACACAUUCUCAGUCAGGUCGAAGCCAGCAUGACCGCCAAAAUGCCCAUCAUUUCCGAUAUCAUCCACGACAUUAAACAAAACUACUUUUGA